AUGGGAAUCAUCGACCAAGAACGUCCGGCCCGCAGGAAAGACGAAGGCUUCGGUUGGGACGAUUACUAUCCGUUGCCAGAAAUUUACGCGUGGAUCGAUCGCAUGGUGCUGGAACAUGCGUCGGUGUUGUCGGUCGAGUCGAUCGGUAGGACGUAUGAAAACAGAGACAUGAAGGUCAUUAAGCUCUCGUACGGAUCGGGCAAUCAGGGUAUUUUCGUCGAAGCCAACAUUCAUGCCCGCGAGUGGAUCACUUCGGCGACCGUAACGUGGAUUUUAAACGAGCUGCUGACGUCAGAGGAUCCUCGUGUACGCUAUAUAGCCGAAAAUUACGACUGGUACAUCGUUCCCGUGUCCAACCCAGAUGGCUUCGAGUAUACUCACACUACAGAUCGUCUUUGGCGUAAAACGAGAACCCCGCACAACCUGCUUUGCUACGGCACGGAUCCUAACCGAAACUUUAACUUUCAGUGGAACAAUGGAGGUACAUCAACAACCCCGUGCUCGGACACAUAUUCCGGACCCAACCCGGAGUCGGAAGUGGAAGUUGCGAACCUGUCUAACUACAUCCGAUCGGUCGCCGGAAACAUUAGGCUGUUCCUUUCGAUUCACUCGCGGGGUCAGUUAAUUUUGCUCCCAUUCGGUUACAAUGAUGCCCCGCGCCCUUACAACUACCAGGAUCUACUGCAGGUUGGCCGCCGUGCGUCGGUCGACAUGUACAAGCUGUAUAGCAAGCCCUACCGCGUUGGCACUACGGCCGAUGUGUUGUAUAUCGCUUCCGGCAUUGCCGUUGACUGGGCCUUUGCUGCCGCAGGUAUUCCACUGUCCUACACCUUCGAGCUGCGCGAUCAAGGAGAAUUCGGAUUCAUACUGCCCGCCGAACAGAUUGUGCCCAACGCCGAGGAGCUACUGGAAGCAUUUGUUGGUCUCAUCGAUGAGGCAAAGGUGCUGGGUUAUAUAUUUAAGAGAUUGGCAAUACUCACUCUGUUGGCGCUGGCUGCGCUCGCUUGCGGCAGUUCCGCCGAGCAAUCCCGGUUUGAUAACUACCGUGUGUAUGAAGUGUCGAUCGAUACGGAUCGUCAGCUGCAGGCGUUGCAGCAGCUGGAACAGAACUCCGAUGGCUACAGUUUCUGGGAGUCACCGGUGCAAACUAACAUGCGCCUCAGCAUGGUAGUGCCACCGCACAAGUUUGCCCAUUUCGAAGAGCUGACCACCGCCCUGUCGCUGAAGACUCGCCUGCAGAUUGAAGACUUUCAAAAAGUGAUCGAUAGUGAGCGCCCGAUGCGUGACAGGCGCGCUACUUUGGACUGGACCGAUUACUAUACCGUCGAGGAGAUCUACGCCUGGAUGGACGGCAUUACCGCCCAGUACCCUACCAUUCUUAGUGGCACCGUGUUUGGCCGAUCGUACGAAGGUCGCGAUCUGAAGGCAAUCAAGCUAUCGCACAAGGCAGGUAAUCCGGGUAUCUUCAUCGAAGCGAACAUCCAUGCGCGCGAGUGGAUAUCAUCGGCCACGGCCACAUGGUUGCUGAACCAGCUGCUCACCUCCACCAAUGCCGCCGUGCAAGAUCUGGCCCAGAACUACGAUUGGUACUUCAUCAUGGUCGCCAACCCGGACGGGCUGGCCUACACCAAAACGACCAACCGCCAAUGGCGCAAAACACGUCAACCAGUGAACGACCUGUGUGUGGGGGCCGAUCCUAACCGCAACUUUGACCACCAGUGGAUGAACGGUGGCGCAUCGUCCGUGCCCUGCUCCGAUACCUUCGCUGGAACGGCACCGUUUUCGGAGCCCGAAACGCGAGCGAUGGCUAACUACUACGCGACCAUUGCCAGUCACAUCAACAUCCAAUUUUCGUUCCACUCGUACGGCCAGUACCUGCUGACCCCGUUCGGAUACAGUGGCGCUCCCCGGCCAUCCAAUGAUGCCGAUCUGCAAAGGAUUGCCACCGUCACGGCUGCCGCUAUUCAGGCCACUCACGGAACACGCUACACGUACGGCAACAGCGCUCAAGUGUUGUACACGACAUCCGGAAGCACCGUUGACUAUUUCGUCGGCGUUCACGGGACGCGCCUGGGCUUCACGUUCGAGUUCCGCGACACCGGAGCCACCGGUUUUGUGCUGCCUGCGAACCAGAUCAUUCCGAACGGAGAAGAAACGCUGAACGGCAUCAUUGCCUUCGUCGCUGAAGCGAAGGUGCUCGGUUACGUUUAG